CGUGUUUACAAAACGGUGUCAUUAAGAAAUCCUGUUAAACUUUCAUCUGACUUUCCUUGCUUUUCAGCCAUGGCGGUGUUAAGGGUUUUAGCUGUGGUCACACUCAUCUCUUUGAUGUCUUUAGAUGUCCUGCAUUUCAGGGAUGGAAGGAACUAGGCUUGUAAUCCCCUUUACAGAUCCAUGAGUCAUCCAGCUGCCAUCCAAAAUAAAUGUGUAUAUGUGCAGCCCUUCACCGGGGAAGGUUUGGCUUUUACACUGGAGAACUUCUUUCUGAUGGUUGCAUCUUCAGCGCUCCCAGGAGCUUCAGUGGUGUCACCCAGAAGAAUAAAGGUAACAUAAAGUUCUAGGAAGAGAAACAUGAAGAUCUUAGAGGUCUUUGCAAUUCUGCUGAUCCUCAAAGAAGUGAGGCCUCAAACAAAGCGUUCUCAUAAAAUGAGUAUGAAAGCUCCUUUUCAGAAAAGGAAAAACCACCAUCUAAAUACAGAAGGUCGUGCAACACUGGUGUCCCCUGCUGACCUGCAUUCGGUAGAACAUUCGUUAGUCCAGAUCCGGAAUCCUACAUUAAUCCCUCAGCAUGACCAGAAGUCACAAGAAGACAUGAAGCUCCACUUCCUAAAAAACACUAUGGUAACUUGCAAUGAUGGGACUACAGCAGGAUAUUAUUUAAGAGAGGCCAAAGGAAGCAAACGAUGGAUCAUAUUUUUGGAAGGAGGAUGGUGUUGCUACAGCAAAGAGACCUGUGGUAUCAGAUAUGACAAUGUCAAGAGACUGAUGAGCUCAUCUAAUUGGCCACAGACACGAAAAGGUUCUGGGAUAAUAUCCCCCAGACCAGAUGAAAACCCUUACUGGUGGAAUGUAAAUGCAGUGUUUGUGCCAUAUUGCUCAAGUGAUGUAUGGAGCGGAAAUAUAUCCAAAACUCAGGAUGGAUAUGCAUUCAUGGGAUCCGUGAUUAUUCAGGAAGUGAUUCGAGAUUUAGUGCCAAGGGGCCUGAAACAAGCAAAAUCUGUUAUUCUGGCUGGAUCUAGUGCUGGAGGUACAGGGGUGCUUAUAAAUAUCGACCGUGUCGCUGCCCUUGUUGAAGAAAUAACAUCAGAAUCUAUUCAGGUUCGAGGACUGGUUGACUCUGGGUGGUUCCUUGACUCAAAACACGCAAAGCAAUCUGACUGCCUGGAUAUCUCAAAGUGUGCCCUGACUGAAGCUAUAAAGAAAGGUCUUAAGCUUUGGAAUGGGAUUCUUCCAGAGAACUGUAAACAGCAGCUUAAGAAGGGGGAUGAAUGGAGGUGUUUCUAUGGUCCAAGGGUAUUUGCAUCUAUGAAGUCUCCAAUAUUUGUAGUGCAGUGGCUGUAUGAUCAGGAACAGCUAAGAAUAGAGAACAUCCAGACUGAAUUCCAGUCCAUGACAGAGAAUCAGUGGAACAGCAUUCAGAACAUUGGACGCGAGUUUAAGAAAUCGCUACGCGAAGUUCCGGCUGUGUUUGCCCCAGCUUGCCUCUCCCACACACUCAUUACAAAAAGUAACUGGUUGGAGUUUCAAGUGAAGAGCGUGACUUUAGCCAAAGCUCUGCACUGUUGGGAUAGAAGUUUGCAAGAAAACAGAGCCCCUAAAGCAGCCAUCCGUGGGUGUCCCUUUCAUUUGAUCGAUAACUGCCAGUGGCCACACUGCAACCCCACAUGCCCAGCCAUUUAUGAUUCCACGUCUGGCCAGGAAGUGAGCAUACUGCAAAUGUUCCUCAAGCUUCGCCUAGAAAGUCAGAGGAGAGGACAGGAGCCCAAAGGAGAUCUGGGUCCACUCAUGUCAAUGUUGAGAAAUUCUGGCUAAGAAUGGAAAUAUUAUAUAACAGGUCACUACCUCUAACAACCAGGCCCAAUAGACAGCAAAUGACUUUAGUAAUGUAUCAUGUAUUUGUUGUGAGUCUAAGCUGAAUGUAAGUAAAAGUUAAGAAUUUAAAAUUUUAAAAGGCAAAAUAUCCACUAACAUAGAUAAAAAUAGUGUUCUUUUUAAUUCUGUACAGCAUGUGACUCAACCUUAGUUUUGCUGUGCUUACUUGCAAUUUCUUCCUUCUUCCUCUUAAUCCUCUUCCUUAUAGUCACAUGUGUGCCAGGUCAGCUGAUGUUUACUUUAAAGGGAAAAUAUACCCCCUGACAUGAACUGAUGGAGAAAAGGUGCAUAAACACUCUUCUAGAAAUAAAUAUAAAUGUAUUUUAUUUUCAAAGACAUACCUGAUUCCACAUAUACAAAGGAAACCAUGAUAGUCUGCCUGUGCUCCAGGGACCAGUUCUCCACCCCACUUCCCUUAGCUUGUUCCAUUGUGAAGUGAUGGAUUCUGGGACUUGACGUCUCUCUUCAAUCCAUAAUUGAUAGUCAGAUUCUCUGAAAAGCAGAAGGAAUUCAAGUCCCAAAAACCAUCACUUCACAAUGGAACAAGUUGAGAAAAGGGUUGCA